AGUUUUGCAAUUGUAAUGGCUUCUGCUUCUAAUGUCAUCAUCCAAUGCACCUCUUCUUCUUCGUUUGAGUAUGACGUGUUUGUGAGCUUCCGCGGUGAAGACACACACAACAACUUCACCGGUUUUCUUUUUGAAGCUCUGAAAAAACAAGGCAUCGAGGCCUUCAAAGAUGAUAAAGAUAUCAGGAAAGGCGAAUCCAUAGCACCAGAGCUAAUACGAGCCAUUGAAGGGUCUCAUGUUUUCCUUGUUGUCUUUUCCAAGGACUGUGCUUCCUCAACUUGGUGCCUGCGUGAACUAGCACAUAUCUGGAAUUGCAUUCAAACAUCACCCAGACAUCUUCUGCCUAUUUUUUAUGAUGUUGAUCCAUCACAAGUGCGAAAACAGAGUGGAGACUAUGAGAAAGCCUUUUCCCAACACCAACAAAGUUUUAGGUUCCAAGAGAAGGAAAUUAAAACAUGGAGAGAAGUUCUGGAACAAGUAGCCAGUCUCUCUGGUUGGGAUAUCAGAUAUAAGCAGCAGAAAAUGUUGAGGCCAUAAUAAUUGAAAGGGGCAGCCAUCUUGGGACACCAAUGAAGGUCGAUGCUCUAUCAACAAUGAGUAGCCUUAAGUUUCUCAAGCUUCAAUAUUUGGAUGAAUAUUUGAACUGCAAGGACAUCAAUUUUUCAGGAACACUUGUUAUGCUUUCCAAUGAAUUAAGAUAUCUUCAAUGGAAAAAGUAUCCUUUUGAGUGUUUGCCACCAUGUUUUGAGCCGGACAAACUUGUUGGGUUGUUCCUGCAUCACAGCAACAUCAAACAACUUUGACAAGACAUAAAGCAUCUACCCAAUUUGAGGCAUUUGGAUCUCGAAUGAUGUAUACAACUCGAAGAGAUUGGUCUGUCCAUUGUUGUUUCACCAAAGCUUACUUCACUGAAAUUGAGAGAUUGCAAAAGUCUUAUCAAGUUGCCUCGGUUUGGAGAGGACCUAAUUCUUGAAGAGCUAGAUCUCGAAGGAUGUCAAAAACUCAGACACAUUGAUCCAUCAAUCGGUCUUCUAAAAAUGCUCACUUAUUUGAAUUUGAAAAACUGCAAAAGUCUAGUAAGCUUACCCAAUAGCAUACUAGGCAUCAAUUCUCUUGAAUAUUUGAAUCUCUCUGGCUGUUCAAAACUGUACAACACCGAGUUAUUACAUGAACUAAGGGAUGCAAAGCAAUUGAAGAAGAUUGAUAUAGAUGGAGCUCCUAUUCAUUUCCAAUCAACGUCUUCCUACUCCAGAGAACAUAAAAAAUCAAUUAGUUGCUUAAUGCCUUCCUCCCCAAUAUUUCCAUGUAUGAGUAAACUUGAUCUAAGUUUCUGUAAUUUAGUUGAAAUCCCUGAUGCUAUUGGAAUUAUAUGUUGCUUAGAAUGGCUAGAUUUAAGUGGUAACAAUUUUGCUACACUGCCCAACCUCAAGAAGCUUUCCAAACUGUUCGGUUUAAAAUUACAACACUGCAAGCAGUUGAAAUCUUUGCCUGAGCUCCCUUCACGGAUUGGCUUCGUAACUGAUUCAUCGUAUUGUGCACUAAGACAACCAGGAUUAUACAUUUUUAACUGCCCAGAAUUAGUUGAUAGGGAACGCUGCACUGACAUGGCUCUUUCAUGUAUGAUGCAAUUGCGUGAGGUUUGCAUGUUCCUCCUUUGCUCCUUCCAUCUCUUUCUCUCUCCUUUUUUGUGUAUAGGAAUCAGGAAAUAACAUAUAGAUGUCUAUGCUGUACCAGGUGAGAUUGUUCCCUUUAUGUUAUUACCAUUUUGGAGGUGUUAGUCCAGGAAGUGAAAUACGAAGGUGGUUCAAUAAUGAGCAUGAGGGAAAUUGUGUAAGCUUAGACGCAUCUCCUGUUAUGCAUGACCAUAAUUGGAUUGGCGUUGCGUUUUGUGCAA